GUAGAGGCAGACAUCGUAUUAGCAGCUGACACUUUUCGAAGAGGAAGAACUUCGACUCAAGCUUCAAGAUAUAAUGAAAGACAUUCGCGAACGUCUGGACUUCUUAACGCUGAGAAAGUUAUGAAGCAGCUGAGAGACCUUAAGACCGUCUGUGGAGGAGCCUUCUCUACCGCAUAACCUGCGCCGUGUUCGGCUUUUUCUCUCAGCAGCGUGACCUUUUCACUCCAGAUGUGGUCUAAACGGAGGGUUUAAAGGACGCAGAUUACCGACGUACGCGCCGUCCUUCCCUGCUCUCCGUCACUUCUAGAGGAUCGGUAAAAACCAUGUCUUAUCCACCAUACAAUCCUUAUUCGUUAAGGAAUCAAAAUCCCAGCCAGGGUAGUUUUAAUAGACGCUGGAAUGAUGAUCCGGCCCGCGGCGGAUGGUCGGGGAUGGGCGGCUGGAGGCCGCGGCAGCACGCCGACUCUAAUUACGACUUUAGCUCCUCUCCGGCGCCCCACGGAGCGUCUAAAGCUCCGGGGCGAACGUUCCCGCCGUUGCCAGAUCUGCCGACGACCUACAGGCCCGACCAGAGAAUGGCUCAAUCUGAGAGGGACCCUAAAAGGUCGAUGGAGUUCCCGCCUGGCAGAACCAGGGAGGAAGCGAUGCCUCCGCCUUUAAGCCGCGGCCCCCGCUUCCUCGGCGCCCAGAGAGACGAGUUUCCUUCCACCAGCAGAAGCGUGGCGCCCCGUCGCGAUCCAGACGGAGACGGCGACCCAGACGAGGAAGGUGACGGCAGCUCCUUGAGCUGGCUGGAGAUCUGUCAAAAGCCCAGAGAGGAUAAUCCCGCGAAAUUUCAUCCGUCGGCUUCAUCCGACUAUCCCAGCGGCGGCGGUGACGGUAGGUUUUUCCCAUCCGGCGGCAGACCAGACAACAGGCAGCCUGCGUCUGGUCCAAGAGGUUAUGGCGGUCCGCCUCCCAGCGAGCCGCCGCCGCCGCCGCCUCCUCUGCCCCAGCACACCCAGGAACUCGCCGCCGUGCUGCAGCGCUUCGGCCUGGAGAAGGAAGACUUGAAGUACCUCCUCAUGUUCCCCGAGGAGCAGCUCAGCUCCGACAACGUGGCUCUCAUCCUGCAGAAGAUCGGCGUCAUGAAGGAGAAGAGGACGCCGGCGGAGCCCCGCGCCGGCUUCUCUGGCUCCAGGGCGCCGGAGACGUAUCGAGACGCGCCGACGCCGGCUGCCAAACCCCCGAAGGUCAUCGACUACGGCCACACUGGCAGCUAUUCUGCGGCCGGACAGGAAGCCGGAAGCUCCUGUACGGUCACCAGCGGCGCUACGGGAGGCGUCGUUAACACCUACAGCAGCAGCAGCAGCUACAGGGAGCCGCUGAGUCAGCGCCCGCCGGCGGCGAUGAGCAGCGUCCCCGUCCCUCUACCAGGCCUGCCCUUUCCCCCCACCAGCGUCCCCCCAGUCAGGAGUUUUGUGCCUCCCCCGCCGAGCAUUAAUCUACCCAGACUGCCCGUCCCCCAACCAGUCCAGCCUCCGCCAAACAUCUACACACCUUUUCCUCCGCCGCAGAAAGACGUCUACCCGCCGAAAGAGCAAGCGCUGCCGCCGCCGCCGGUCCAGCCUCCUCCUGGGAACAUCCUCCCCCCGUUUCUCCCGCCCGUCACCCUGCUGGGGGACGACGGCAGCUUUGGCCGUAAGCAGGACGGCUUCACCAACGACCCGUUUAAAGCUCAGAAACAGCAGCGUCCGGAGAUGGUCGUGGAGCCGGGCCAGGCCAAGGCGACGGACGUCCAAAAUCUGCUGGCUCAGCAAACAAGAGCGGUCGAGCUGCAGAAACAGGCCAAGGCGCAGACGAUGCCGCCGGUGUUGCCGCAGCAACCGCCGGUGUUGCCGCAGCAGCAGCCGCUUUUCCCCUUUCCCCCCCGAGCGCCCGUUUUUCCUCCGGGUCACCUCAUCAAUCCGGGACUCGUGAACCCGCAAGCGCUUCUGCAGCUCCUCUCCAGCAUCCCGCCCCCCAAGAUGGACGCCUUGAACGGCCAGCAGUCCAUUCUGGGGGAAUACACGCCUCCCAGCGCACCGGUUUUCCCUCAUUGGUGCCUUCUGUGUGACAAAAAAUGUGACACCAUGGGGGAGUGGGUUUCCCACUGCGCCACCUCUAUGCAUCAUAUGAACUACAAGCUCCUCCGAUAUCCAAACUCGGAGAUUCAAACUUCGUCACAACAUCAGCGAGAUACAGAAGAAAAGACUUCCUCGCGGCGAAGGAGCCGUUCCCGCUCACACAGCUCCCGCCGCCACAGAAGAGACCGGUCCAGUAGCGUCUCCCGCUCACGUUCACGUUCCCGUUCACGUUCCCGUUCCCGUUCACGUUCACGUUCCCGCAGCUUCCAUCGAAGUAACAGAAAGGGAAGAUACGCGGACCUGAGCUCCUCCCACUCCUACAGUCCUCGCCCUCGCUAUCACCGUGACUCCCAACGUAAUAGGAGACACAGGAAACACAGAUCCCGGUCUCGUACCCCGCCUUCACGGCACAAGUCCCGCUCUCGCCGUUCACGUUCGAAGAGCCGUGAGAAAGAGUCGAAGAAGGAACAAACGAGACAACCGUCACCGAAAGUAUCACGUGUCCCACGAUGGAAGAUGACCAGUGCAGAAAAACUAGCUCGUCGGCUGCUGGAAAUAUCAGGUGUCCAGGCUUCACCAAGAGAACUGUACUUGGAGCAUGUAGUAAGAUCUGUGUCCCCUACUUUAUUGGCUGAACUGACAGAGGGGAAGCCAACGUCCUCAUCGUCAACAGCAUUGCAGUACCCUCAGGAUACUAAGGAAAGUCGAAAGUUGGUGAAGCUCGUUGGACUUUCUGUCGAGCACAAUUAUAUGGAUUUGUGGAACGCCAUGGAGUUAUUUGGGGAAAUCGAGUCACUUUUGCUGGAUAGAGACAAAGAUGAGGCAGCCGUCCUUUUCAAGACAGAAAGUGAUGCAAGGAAACUUUGUCGCACAAAGAGCAUUGAGUUAAAGGAGGAGACCAUCACCAUUGUCCCAAGCUCAGUUUCUCCACCGUCUUCCCCCACUUCUACAGAACAGGACAAGACAUCCGCCUCAUCUUCGAAGUCUGAAACACGUUUAUCUUCUUCACCCGGAGACAAAGCAACUGAAGAACCUUCAGAGGAAUCUGAAACUGGCGGCACAGUUUCUGCUUUGCCGAAUCCAGCAGGUCCAUCCAGCGAUGAUAGCCACACAGGUAGAGCAGUGGGGAAAUCGUGGCUGAAGUUGAACAAUUAUCACAUGGACUUCGAAACCUCCCUGACUAUUGGAGAUCGACUACCGUCGUUGCUGUUCAAAGGAUCUUUUAGGUGUUUUACAAAACAAAAAAAUUCAUGGAUCUUCAAAGGGUUUUUUGUGAGGUUGUUCUUGAUCAGCAAUCUCCCAGAUUAUAAAGAAUGCAGCUACACCGAAGAGGAGCUGGCCAAGGUGUUCUUCCCUUACGGGUUCAUACAUCAAGUCGACACCAUCUACUGUAUUCCUCAGUGUGGCCUGGCUUUAGCCACCAUGCCGAGCGGUGAUGAGCUAACAGUCCUUAUGAAAAAGGCGUGGGAUGGAGUUUCCUUUAAGGGGAAGAAGCUCUGCGUAAGACCUGUUAGCAACAGCAUAUCGAUGGAACCGUUUCCGUUUUAUAACGCCGUGAUGAGACUCAUUCACUAUGGAGUCAGAGAUGAUGGUGGGAAAACAAUCUUCAUCCACGACAUCUCGCAAAAAGAAAUCCACCAGCUCAGAGAAGCUCUGGUAAAAAACUUCAGUGUGAGAAACUUCCUGCCUUUGCUCAACAAGGUGUUCAUAGAGUUUGUGUCGAUUACGGAUGUCGACCUGUUCGGACUCUCCUACAGCAAGCACAAAAAAGGGCAUACUCACAAAGUGCACCGGAUGAAAGUACCAGAGAUAGCCUAUCAUCCACCUGGGGACUUUAAUUGUCCUCCAAACAUCGAGUCUCCGCUAUGGCUCACCAUGAAAACCAACCCCUACAUUUUCCCCACCGUCAUUCCUUGGUUCGACAUUCCAGUGUACAUCACCAUCGAAGACAUCUCCAUGAAUUUGGUGUUCAUAAUGAAGGAAGCUAGCUCUCAAGACUUCUUCACCAUCAUGCUGACGAAUUUACCCGUGGACAACUACCGACACGAGGACGUGGCCGGCCUGGCGUGGCCGUAUUUCACAGAGAAGACUCUCUCAGCGCUCUUCUCCAACGUGGUGGUCCUGCCGCUGCAGAGGAGGGCCUUUAUUUAUUUCAGCCACUGGGGUUCGUGCCUCUCUUUUAUCCAAGCUCAUCUCAAAAGGCCUUUCACCGUCCAGGGCUGGCAGCUCAACAUGUACUUCGUCACGGGCAUGAAGCCCCCCGGACCGUGUGAGAAGACUCUGUACAAGAAUGUGAUGGAGUUGAGUAACUGUCCCGUUUCUGACCCCGACUCUGUGGGGAGCAGACUGGUCUCUGUUGAGACCUUCGACGCUUCGCCCAGCGUCGCCACGUCGGUCAUAAAGGUGGUGGUGUCCAUCGCACCCUUCGUCGACUUCUUACCUCUCGCCAACAGGAUCUAUAUCGAGAUGGAAGACGCCAGCGCUGUGGCUCAGGUGGUCGAGAAGAUUUUCGUCCAGGAGGAAUUAAAUGAAGAUGAAAAUUGGUAUAAAGUUGGACGCAUAGAGCCGCUGAUGAUGCUACAGCAGCGACUGCAGCUCAGUGGUCACUUUGAGAUUUACCUCAAUAAGGUCGCUGAAACCCCCAAGGCCAAAAAACAAGGCAAACACAAACCGAAACAGAAGAAAAAAGGGAAAUCUGCUUCCAAGUCUGAGAAGAACCCGAACCACGAAAUGCCGCUGGAUGACGAGGAGCCAGAACCUGAGGUCACAUGUCGCGUGACUCGUUCCGCAACCCUUCCUCACAGGUUAGCAGAGAUACAGUCGUUCCAGGAGGACGACUUCACCGAGUUUGGCUGGGACAGAGUGGCAGAGGAGCACCAGCAGAUGUGGGCAGAGAGCAGCAAUGCUGUAGAAGAAGACCAGGCCAACAUGGCGACCUCAGAGGAGGAUCCGUCUGCAUCAGUGCUGCUGGAAGCACCGACCGAUCCCAGUCAGGCCCUGAACACGAGCGAGGAUCAACCCGAACGUUCAGAAGAAACCAAUUCAGAAGACGUCGGUCCAGUUCAAGACGAAAACGACUCUUCAAAAGAUGACCCUGAAGCACCGGUCUUAGAUAAAGUAAAUGAUGAUCAGACCAUGACAGAACCUGAAGGUCCAAACCCAGAGACCCCCAACGAGCUGGAGUCUAAAGUGACCAAUGAAGAAGUUGGUGACCAAGUGACCGAGUCUGUGGAGGAGCAGUCACCAACGACAGAGGAGGAGUUACAGGCUGAGAAAGUAGAAGAAAAAACAGACGACGACACAACUGGAGAGCCGCUGGGCUCAGAGGAGCAGAGCGUGAUGCUCCUGCCUGAGGAUGUACCUCCUCCAGAAGAACCUGCGCCAGCAGCAGAGAUCAGCGAGUGUGAAGAACCAGAACCGGAGUCUAAAACUGAUCCCGACCCACAAGAAGACAAGAUGGACGACGCAGCUGCCUCCUCCUCGCCUGAGAUCAAAUUGGAUGUGAGUGAAGCAGGCGGAGCUGAGGACGGGAGACCAGACACACAGGAAGCAGAGGAAGCCCCACAACCUGCUAAACGCAAACAUGAUGGCAGCACAGAGGGGGCUGUGAACACUACAUCGGCAGAGGAGGCAGGAGAAGAAGAAGAGAAGGAGGAAGCGAGAACUCCCAGAACCAGAGGUCGAGCCAGGAGGAUAGCUAACAAGACACCUGCCAUCAGCAAACAGAGAGCCGAGCCGGUCGGAGCCAGAGCCAAGAAAACUCGAUCUCAGUCGCCGAGUGUUGCCUGAAUUCAACCUGGAAAUGCCCUCAUGAAACAUUACCAGGAGGUGCAGGAGAAACGGUGAACAUCAGCAGAAAGCCUUUCUGCAUGACUCGUGAAUAAAUGAUUUAAAUAAACACAUUUGAUGUUGAACGAUUAAGUCAGGGUUAGAUAAAAAAAAAUGUCCCUGUAUGAAAGAGGCUGUUGUAGUGUCCAGUGGUUGAAGGGAACAGAUCUACUGAUUAAACAUGUUAUAUUUAAUAAUUAUCUCGGAUUAUGUUAGAUUGAAAUAAACAAAUGGGGGGAAAAAAAUGCUCAGAAAGACUUAAAAGGAUUUCCUCCACCCUGAGUUUCUAACUGUAAAUAUUUUUUUGUAGCUUUGCUGAGCUUCUUUCCAUAAACAAAAUGUUAAUAACGUA